UAAGAAUAAAAAAAGGAAAUUGGACAGGUUCCUUAAAGAUCUUUGUUGUUUUGCUGGCUUCCGAGGAUACGCAGAGUUCUCUUCAGAUCCGAAGAAAAAGGUGAAAGAAAUAUAAAAAAGAAAGACAUGAAAGACUUCUAUAGCCACUGCAAUUACUUUACUACUGCCACUCCUUUCGGCCUUGAUUUUUUUUCUUUAUUGGGUGUGUGUUAAAAAGGCCUUUUUUCUGUUCUUUCAAAGCAAAAGGGUCUGAGCGUCUCUCCUUUUUGGACUCUUGCAUGAUCCAGAAAGAAAGAAAGAAAAGUUUGGUCUUUCUUUCUCUGAUGACACCUUUUUAUCUGCUUCUUUGUGUGCCAUGAUUUCUUGAUUGAAGAUUCAUUUUAGAGGGUUACUUCACGACUUCUUUUUUGUCUGCUAAAUUUUAGCAGCAGGAUUUUGAGGAUAUGCUGGGGGAGUUUUCUCUUUUUAGUUAGUUACUGAUAUUUUCUCCUUUUGGUUUCAAGAAUUUGUGGGAUAGAGAACAGGAUUGCGGGUAUAGUUUUUUCUUUGCUUUUAGUCUCUGCGAAUUCAACAGUUUCUUUUAGUCUUAAGCUUCAAUCCAAUCGUUUUGGACUAGCUGUUCAAGGAGCAAAGUAGAGAUUCUUGGAGUUUUGUUUUUUAAGUUUUAACGAGGAAAAAAAGGAGUUGCAAGUUGGGUUCUCUUUGGCUGCAAAGAAAAGGGGUUUGGAGAUGAGGUAGCCAUACAAGUUGAGAAGUUUUGUUUCUUUAACAAUGUUGAUAUUUUCUUGGAAUUGAGAUCCCACUCUUGGAUACAGCUGCUUCCUGUGAGAAUCAGAAUUUAGUGUGGGAGGAAAAGAUUCAAUUUUCUCUAUAUGCAGCAGCAGAAAUAAAGAUUUGUCAAAUUUAGACUCUCCAACUUCUUGAUCAUUGUGUAUGCUUUUUAAGAAAUGAUAACAUUCAUGGAAGCAAAAGAUAAAUUGAAGGAAGAAGCUGACAAGUGCUUAGAUUCUCAGUUAUGGCAUGCCUGCGCCGGUGGCAUGGUCCAAAUGCCGGCGGUGAAUUCUAAGGUCUUCUACUUCCCUCAAGGUCACGCCGAGCAUGCUUGUGAGCCUGUUGAUUUCAGGAACUUGCCCCGUGUUUCUCAUAUUCUAUGCAGAGUCUCGGAUAUCAAAUUCAUGGCUGAUCCUGAAACUGAUGAGGUCUUCGCUAAAAUUAGGUUGGUUCCAAUUAAUUCUAAUGAACUCGAUUUGGAUGACCAAGAAGUUGCAGUUAAUGGUGGAAUGGAAGCCGCGCAAGACAAUAAUAAACCGGUUUCUUUUGCUAAGACACUGACUCAAUCUGAUGCAAAUAACGGCGGAGGUUUCUCCGUUCCAAGGUACUGUGCUGAGAUGAUUUUUCCACGGUUGGAUUACACAGCAGAUCCUCCCGUGCAGACCCUUCUUGCUAAGGAUGUUCACGGUGAGACAUGGAAGUUUAGGCAUAUCUAUAGAGGGACACCGAGAAGGCAUCUUUUGACAACUGGAUGGAGCCCAUUUGUGAAUCAUAAGAAGCUUAUUGCUGGUGAUUCUGUUGUUUUUUUUAGGGCAGAAAAUGGAGAUCUUUGCGUUGGUGUUCGAAGAGCUAAGAGGGCGAGUGGUGGUGGAUCUGAGUCCUUGUGGAAUCCGGCUGGUGGGAGUUCUGCAGUGCCUAGUGGGGGUUUUGGUGCGUUCUUGAGGGAAGAUGAGCAUAAGUUGAUGAGAAGCGGAAGUGGUAAUGGCAAUGGUUCAAAGUCAAACGAAAGUUUGAUGGGACAAGGGAAAGUGAGGGCCGAAUCGGUUAUUCAAGCUGUUACUCUUGCUGCAAAUGGUCUGCCUUUUGAGGUGGUUUACUACCCUCGAGCCAAUACUCCCGAGUUCUGUGUGAAGGCCUCUUCGGUAAAAACAGCAAUGCAGAUCCGGUGGUGUUCGGGGAUGCGGUUCAAGAUGGCUUUUGAAACUGAGGACUCUUCCCGGAUUAGUUGGUUCAUGGGUACUGUUUGUUCAGUUCAGGCUGCUGAUUCUCUUUGGUGGCCGCAUUCACCAUGGAGACUUCUCCAGGUUACAUGGGAUGAACCUGAUUUGCUUCAAAAUGUGAAACGUGUUAGCCCAUGGCUAGUGGAAUUGGCAUCAAAUAUGGCUGCUAUUCAUUUCCCCCCCUUCUCAUCACCAAGGAAGAAGUUGAGACUUCCACAACACCUGGAUUUUCCCAUUGACGGUCAAUUUCCAAUGCCGAUAUUUUCCGGCAACCUCCUUGGGCCAAGCAGUUCCUUUGAUUUUCUACCCCACAACACUCCUGCUGGCAUGCAGGGAGCCAGGCAUGCUCAUUAUGGUCUACCACUAUCAGAUCCCCACCUCAAUAAACUGCAAACAGGUCUGCUUCGGACUGGUUUUCCGCCACUGCUUGAUCAUACUGCUUCACUCACUAAAGCCUCAAAUGUCCAAACCAUUCCAAAGCGUAGCAUGUGUGAAGAUGUUUCUUGUGAGCUGACAAUGGCACAUUCCACCCAGACUUCAAAGAAAGCUGUUGAUGUGAAGAUACCUCAGCUUGUACUUUUUGGUCAACCAAUACUUGCUGAGCAGCAGAUAUCUCUUAGCUGCCCUGGUAAUGCUGCCUCACCAGUUCUUACUGGAAAUAGUUCUUCUGAAGGAAAUUUAGAUAAGAUGGCAAAUUUUUCUGAUGGCUCUGUGUCCACUCUUCAUCGCCGAGGCCUACCAGAGUGCUCCUCGUGUGAAGAAUUGCAAUGGAACAAGGACAAGCACCAAAAGAGUGAGCCAUCUUUAGAGACUGGUCACUGCAAAGUCUUCAUGGACUCAGAAGAUGUAGGUCGCACACUUGACCUUUCAUUGCUUGGAUCUUAUGAAGAAUUGGACAGAAAGCUGGCUAACAUGUUUGGCCUAAGGAAUUCCGAGAAAUUUAGCAAUGUGCUUUACCGUGACAUUAAUGGCAUUACCAAACACAUUGGUGAGGAACCAUUCAGUGACUUCUUCAAAACAGCAAGGAGGCUGACAAUUGUAACAGAUUCAAGCAGUGGCAAUGUUGGGAUUUAGAGGAAGAAAUAAGCUUUCUGGUUUCAAGUUGUACAGAUGGUUUCUGUGCUGACCCUUUGCCCUCCUUCAAGUUCUGAGAGGAGCUGCUUAGCUCUGAUCGAAUUCUUAAGUCUUUUGAUAUAAAAAUCCGCAACUGUUGUCCUCUUUACAGAAUUCGUGACAGUUAUGCAAUGGAUAUAAAAUGAUUGUCAUC